CAUGCCAGUUUUCAAUGAGAUUCCCGUUCACGUUCAAAGUCACGUCCGUCCUCGCACUGAAAUGCUUUACCAAUAAAUAAUUAGUGCGUUCCUUAUAAUUUCUUCAGUCGAGAUUCGGAGCAAGUGGAGCCAACAGGGAUACCGAAAAAUGGCUGGAACGGCUUUGAGGCGACUCUUCAGUGCCAGCAGCAGGCCUACUUUGACCUGUGCUGCUGCUACUAGUCAGCAAGCUGUGUUGCUCAGGCACGCCAGUACCUCCUCGACAUCUGAGAGUGCGUCGAAGCCCAAGACAGGAAUAUUGCUACUGAACCUCGGCGGGCCUGAGAAAGUGGACGAUGUCCACGACUUUCUGCUACGUUUAUUCCUCGAUCGGGAUCUGAUUCCUCUGCCAUUUCAGAGCCGACUUGCUCCGCUGAUAGCGAAACGCCGAACACCCAAGAUCCAAGAGCAGUACAGAGAGAUCGGCGGCGGCUCGCCAAUCCUGAAAUGGACGGAGAAGCAGGCACAGGGCAUGAUCGACAUUCUGAAUAAGAAUAGCCCUGACACAGGGCCUCACAAGUACUACGUCGGAUUUCGUUAUGCUCACCCGCUGACAGAAGAUGCCAUUGAUCGAAUGGAAAAGGAUGGUAUUGAACGUGCUGUGGCCUUCACCCAGUAUCCGCAGUACUCAUGCUCCACCACAGGCAGCAGUCUGAACGCAAUCUUCAGACACGUCGACAGCAAGCCACAGUCCACCAUGCAAUGGUCCGCUAUUGACCGAUGGCCAGUUCACCAAGGCCUCGUCAAAGCUUUUGCCAACAACAUCCGUGACGCGCUGGCUAAGUUCCCGGCGGAAAAGCGCGACGAGGUCGUUCUGCUGUUCUCGGCGCAUUCGCUUCCAAUGCAGGUGGUGGAGCGUGGUGACCCAUACCCGCACGAGGUGGCCGCCACCGUCCAGCGUGUCAUGGAGGAGCUGAAGUUCUCGCACCCAUACCGCCUUGUCUGGCAGUCCAAGGUCGGUCCCAAGCAAUGGCUGAGCCCGCAGACCGACAAAGCCAUUGAGAGCUUGUGUCAGCGCGGCCAGAAGAACCUUCUGCUCGUGCCCAUUGCCUUCACGUCUGACCACAUCGAGACAUUGUUUGAGCUCGAUAUUGAGUACUCACACGAACUUGGAAAGAAGUGUGGGGCAGAGAACAUCAUCCGCGCAGAGAGUCUCAAUGACAAUCCCAUCUUCAUUGAGGCGAUGGCUGACAUAGUGUCCAAGCAUCUCAGGUCGGGUGAGAAGGCGAGUCGCCAGCUGUCACUGCGCUGUCCAAUGUGCACCACGGCGACGUGCGGUGCCAUGCGAGGCAUGUUCUGUAAGUAGACGGGCGAUAAGCUUCACCGCUAGCUACACCUCUACUACGUGUGCGCUAUCGGCUGUGCAUCUCGUUAGCACGAAAAAGGCUCUAUCGCCGGAAACCCACUUGCCUAUUGUCCGCCACGCACCGUGCCCGCUCUAGUCCUGUUCGCAGAUCUCUCUCCUAGGAGACUGCACUCACACACAUACAUACAUACAUAGUGCCACCUUGAGCCAGGCGUGAUGUCUCCAACGUACACUGCAGUGCAGUGGAUAGACAGUGUAUGUACUGCAGUGGGCUGCUGCUGCUGCUGCUGCUACAGUACUACAUGUACAUGAUUGUACUAGCUCAAUCUACAGGUCCACUGGGUUGUGUUCCAGAGUUCGGUUUUCUAAACACGAUAGUAGGGAAAUGCUACCGGCACUGCACCUGCAACACCGUAGACUUAUCUCAGCUUCUCCAAAUCGAACAAACAUCUUCUGUACCAGAUGCUGUCAUCAGAGUGAGAGAGAGAGAGCUUUUUAGCCAUGUUUUGGUAGCUUCACUCUUCUGUACCAGAUGCUGUCAUCAGAGAGAGCUUUUAUCCAUGUUUUGGUAACGUCACGUACAUCGUUCUAUUAGCUGGUCAGCGGGCUAGUUUGUUUUAGGAUUUUUUUUAUUAAUGACCUUGUGUUCUUGCACAGCACGUUAUUGUGUUUGUAGUUACGAUUUUUACCACCUGGUGCUCGGAAACUUGCCAAGCGGUUUUUUCAUGUCUCUGUGUAUAAAUAAAUGUGCUAACAACCA